AUGCGGCAGCGUCUCCAUGGCAACGUGGCAUCUCGCGCCGCGCGCCGCCCUCCCCCGGCGCCCCGCAGUGGGCAGGAGGCCGAGCCUGGCAGCCCCUCCCGGCCCAGCAGCCAGCAAGCUGGGCCAGGAGGCCAAAGCCUGACGGGAGGAGAGGGCUCUGUCCAGAGGCUGUCCCCUCCCUGCGCCUCCUGUAGGCCAGGAAAUCACGAACAGGGUCUGAUCAGGGCGAAAGACCCUCGCUGGCGGAGGGACAUUUCUGAUCUAAGUCCUGGCCAUGAAAAUGGCACAGCGAUCCCGGCUGGAGCGGCUCUGGAGAGGGCACUGAGGCACUGCGGGCAGUGGCAUCCUGUCCAGGACGAGCACAAGCCCAGCAACUGCAUCAACCCCUCUGUGCCCGGCACCCACACUGCGCACAGACGCCGGCGCGCGCAGCCCCAGCUACGACGCCCGCAGUGCCCCUUGCUUGCCUUCUUCGUCUCGCCGGACACGCGAGACACGUGGAGCCCCAGCUACGACGCCCGCAGUGCCCCUUGCUUGCCUUCUUCGUCUCGCCGGACACGCGAGACACGUGGAGCCCCAGCUACGACGCCCGCAGUGCCCCUUGCUUGCCUUCUUCGUCUCGCCGGGUCCGCGGACACGCGCGCGGUCGGGAGGUGGGCGACACCCUCUUCCCCGCGCACGCUGUGGGUUUUCCCAUGUUCUGUGUAUGGAGGAAAUGGACGGCGCCGCGGCAGGAGAGAUCCAGGCUAUGUUGCCCAGGCUGGUCUUGAACUUCUGGGCUCAACUGAUCCUCCUGCCUCAGCCUCUCAAGUAGCUAAGACUAUGGAUAUGCACCACUUCACCCGGCCAGUUCUUUGUCUAAGACAAAAUAUAUAUACAAGAAAUGUGCUGUGAUCAUGAAUGGUGUUACGUCAGUUUGACUUGAGUAAGAAGUGCCUGGUGAUUAGUAAAUUCCGGGUGGCUCUGUGGAUGAUUGACAUGUAGGCCAACAAACGGAGGGGGAAGACCCACCCCAGAUGCGGAUGGCACCAACCAAUAGACUUGUAGCUUGGAGAGACUAACAAGGGAGAAAAGAAGGAAGUGUCCCCCUUUUCUUGGAAGAGCGCCAGCCCUCGAACAUUGGUCUACAGUUUCUUCAGGCUUCCAACUCAGAGCCACACCAGAGAUUCCACAGUGAGCUUCCAGGCCUUUGAUCUCCCACAGCUACCGGAUCUGGGGCGCCGCCGCGUGCACACGGCCAGUUUGGGUUUUUCCGCCUCUGCGCCCGCACGUGGCUGUUGUGACUUCUGCCUCUGAGCCGCUAAGCUAAUUUAAUAAUCCCUUUGUGGAAUUAUACACAUAUUUUAUAUUGGUUCUGUUCCUCUAGAGAACUCUAAGUAAUACGUGCAGAAAUCUCACGUAUAUCAUUUGUUGAAUUUUGACAAGAAUGUGUAUGGCCAACCAUGCCAAGGUGGAGAAUAUUUCCAUCACUCCUCAAAAUUUCCCUGUUGGCUUCUCAUCCGCACGGGUUUCUUUCUCCCAUUGCUUAGUUUUGCCUUUUCUGGAAUGUCAGAAAAAUGGAAUCACGCUCUGUGUAUUAUGUCUGGCUUGUUCCACUCAGCGUCGUGUUUUGGAGAAUCAUCCUGUUGUAUAUAUCAGCAGUUUGUUCUUUUCUAUUCCUACAUAGAAGGCCAUUGUAUAGAUACGUGAUUGUUUGUUCAGUCGUUUGCCUUCUGAUGGACUCCCUGGACUGUUUCUAGGUUGGACCGUUGUGAAUAAAGCUGCUGUGACAUUCUCAUACAA